GGAAAAAAAAAAACAAGAAAGUCCACUUGCCUUUUAGAGAAAAAAAAAACAUGUUUGGGUCAACAUGGUGAGCAUUUGCCAUUGAGAAUCUAGCCAGACUAGAAAGAUCCUUAGCAAACAAAAUAAAACCCCGGGACCCAGAAGGAAUUAGCAUUGGAAAUAAAAUGACCGUCUCUUUCCAGGAGUCAGGCUUGCAAGGAGGAUCCGUUCCGAGAAGAAACAGACCAUCCUUGUCUCCUUCUAGCCUGUCCAGCACGUUUGCAGACUUGGAUGUGGCAGUGCCAAACAUUUAGCCUAGCCAGCUGGGGGGGGAGACAAAAAGGGAGCCCUCCACUCUGCUCAAGGAGGAUUUGAAGGCAUUCUGACUCCACCCCAGUCCCUCUGUCUCUCCCGCCCCACUCUUUGUGGCAUAAAAGAAAGAUUUGACACUCAAGGGGAAGCAGCAUGGGGCAACAGCUCCCGGAGGGGUCCCCAAAAUUCUGCAAGAAAGAUGCUUACACUUCAAAUGUCAAGAAAGGGUUCUACAAAAGAGUCCAGAUUUGGGCUGUGUUAGCUUUCAUUCUGCUCCUCUCCCUCACCUUGACCAUUCUGGGUGUCUCCUAUUUUUGGAAACCUGCUCCUCCUAAAAAGAUUUAUGAAUUGGAGCAUAUGUUUGUCAGCAACAUGGAAAAACAGAAGAUAUUUCUCAAGAUUGAUCCCCUCACCUGGACAGAGACUUUUUAUACUGGCAAGGAUCGUGAGGAAGUCCUUGAAAUACAUGAUUUUAAGAAUGGAAUAACUGGCCUCUUUUUCAUGGGUGAUCCCAAAUGCUUUCUCCAAAACCAGAUUAAAGGGAUACCAGAAGCAUCGGAUAUGGAGAUGGAGGCGCCCGAGGCAGAAGAAAUACCAGCCACUUAUUUUGACCAAUCGGUACUCUGGGUUCCAGAAGAGAAAGCCAUUGAAAAUAAAGAUUUUCUGAAGGAUUCCAAGAUGUUUGACCUCUGCAAAAACGUUACUGCAUAUUGGAUCCAUCCAACUCUGCUAAGGCAUCCAGACCUUGUUGACUUUGAAAAAGGAAAUGAGGAUCCGAUUCGCACGAAUGAGCAAAACCAAGUGGAGGCUCAGCAGCGACGCCAGUCCUUGGGCAAGGAAGAAAGCCAAGGCCCCAAACGCCACACUCGGCAGCUGACCGAAGAAGACUUACCAGUGAACGACUACACCGAGAACGGCCUUGAGUUCCACCCCCUUUGGGAUGAGAGAGGAUACUGCUGCGCCCGCUGCCGCCGAGCCCACCGCUACUGUCGCAGGAUAUGUGAGCCGCUACUAGGAUACUACCCGUAUCCCUACUGCUAUCAGGGAGGGCGGGUGAUCUGCCGUACAAUCAUGCCUUGCAACUGGUGGAUAGCACGGAUGUUAGGGCGAGUGUAAGCACACACUUUAUCCAAAAGUAAUAAAAAUAAGCUUAGUGCAGUCCAAGGUCCAUUCUGACCGUCUCCCUGUAGAAUGCUCUCCUAAUUCUCUUAAAGGCCAUGAGCACAAUGUAUGUGUACGUUUCUGCUAGAGUCACCUGGGUGGCCCAGAUGCAAUUAUCUCCUGAUAAUCUUCUCUUGCACUUUUCCUAAACUAUAUGCUUUAUGCAAGCCAUUUCUCCAGAUCAUUUUUUUUUUCUGUGCCUUUGCCCCUCGGAUAUAUUACUUGGUGUAAACCUUUCUGCAAAGUACUCAAGUGGAUGACUGUUUUUUUUUUUUAAGCAGUAAAAAUACACUGCAAUCGAAGUUGGAAUGAAAGUUGGAAGGCAAGCAUUAGCUCAUUUUAGUCUGCUGGUUCACAAAUCAGAUUGGGUCCCUAUACGAAAGGGAAAUUAAAGGCCAUUCAGGGAUCUGCUGAUAUUGCUAAACUAGAACCAAGCAUGGCAUCCCACAGCUGAAAAGAAAAAAUCUCUUACACCAGCAUUCUCCUAAAAAGCCGCAAGAGGGCAUCCUUUAACUGGAAAUAAGCAGGCUUAGCUCAAUAUCAUAAAAAGCUAGAAGUACAUUCUGCAAAAUAUGCCCCAAACUGUGCUUUUGCAGCUUCAACGGGAUCCUUAUUUUGCCCCAAACCCCAAAACUAUGUAAAAAAAAAACAAACCCAGAGAUUUGCAAAUUAACGUCAGCAACUCAGGGUGUACACCCAAAUAUAUUCAGGCAAUCCUUGUUUAGAGGCCAUAAUUGGGGCUGGCAGCUCAGUCAGUAAGCAAAGUGUGGCUAAGUAACACCACAACUGUGCUUAAGAUUUUUCUUCAGUAAGGAAGUUUUCAGUUUCUGGUGAAAAUUGCCCCAUGGCAAACAAUGGACUUAUUUAACAGCCACAGUGUUUGCUUGUGAGCAUGGUGUUCUCACUGCUGCAAAAAAGAUCAUAAAAUCGGGGAUAGUUACCAGGUAGCCCUCUUUACAACCAUCACGACUUAUGACCAAAAUUGCAGGCUCAAUUAUAGUUUAAGUUGAGGACUAUCAGUAUGUUAAUUUGGAGGAAGGUUAGAAAUAAGCAUGUAUACAUUUCUAACGUUAACAAAAGAAGCAAUUUGUCCCCAGACACACAUCACACCGUUAAGUUGUUAACAGCCAGAGAAAUAAAAUAUUUGCUUCAUUACAACUGUUCUCAAGAAAUCAGGACAACCAAGUGAUGUAUUUUAAGAGCUUUUGGAAUAAAAAAUGUAUAAAGGUUUAUUAUGGGUCCAGGAAGAUUCCUCUACUGAAUACAAAAAAUAUAUAUAUUCAAAACAUCACAUAAUACUGAUGAUAAAAACCCUACUCAGACGGAUGCAGAGCGACAGCUAAGAUUAAGGACUCUCCCACUGAGUCUUAAAAAUACACACAGGGAGACACAAAAGUCACUACAACCUGGCUUCAAAAGAAUCACUGAAAUCUGAAUUUGUUUUCAGAGUGUUUUCACAGACAAGCAACGCCGACAAAAAACACCCACCUUUCCAAAGAAUACCAGGGAUUUUCAGAAUGCAAGGAAUUAGCACCAAAUACCAUUCAGUUUUGGGGUGGAAGGGCAGAGGCAAGCAGAGGAAAGUGGAAAGGAGGCCAAGAAGAGAUUUUUUCACACAACUCAACCUUGAUUCAAGCCAGGUGUUGUCUAUGUAUGUACUUAUUUAUGUACGGUGGUACAUAAAACAUCCGGCGGUACCUCGGUACCUGACUGCUUCAAAACUUGUCAAGUUUGGUACUUGAUGCAUUUUGAUACAAAAAGGUUGUCUCCGUACUCGUCUGGUUCUUGAUGUGCUGCGAUAAGAAGACGGGGACAGCCACAGAGAGCAGACGGGAAGUCAGCCAGGCUGGGAAGGUUGCUGACAUAGGAAAAUGGGGAACAGCUCCGGAGAACAGACAGGAAGUCCUUCCCAACAGAAACAAAACACCUGAUAAGUCAUGUGGUUUGUUUGGUACUCGUUUUUAAGUACUCUUUGCACCUUCCAGAAGUACAGUAAUUAACAAGUACCAAGUAACACUGCGCAAUCAUCAGGAGUGUCUUUCAGAAGACCAUACAGUCCUCAGCUUAUGAGCACAAUUGAGACCAACAUUUCCGUUGUUAAGCGAGACGUUUGUUAAGUGACUUUUGCCCCAUCUUAUGAUCUUUCUCGCCAUUGUUGUUAAGGGAAUAACAGCGGUUGUUGAGUUAGCAACACGGUGAUUAAGUCAAUCGGGCUUCCUUUAUUGACUUUGCUUGACAGACGGUCGCAAAAGGGGAUGGCGUGACCCCGUGACGCUGCAACCGCCCUAAAUGAGUCCAUUGCCAAAUGUCGGAAUGUUGAUCACGUGAUCGUAGGGACGCUGGAAUGGUCUUUUAAGGGUCAUUGUAACUUCAAAUGGUUACUAAAUGAACUGAUGUAAACCGAGGGCUACCUAUACUAAGAAGCCUGGAACACAAAUCAUAUCCAAGUCAUAAUUUCUUUGUUGAAGGUUUUGUAUGAGGCAGGUACCCAAUUGUAAUGUUUUAGUGUUAAGGACAAAUCAAGGCCAUUGUUGCCUGAUCAACCCCGGUCCAAAUUGCUGGGUCAAUAUCACAUACAAAAACAGUAACUGUCUUAUUUUGCAAAGCUCAUUGCACAGGUUGGGGUUCACAUAUAGCAUUAAACAACAAGAUGGCUGGGCUUCAGCUUUGCAUAGUGUGCAAAUUCCACCCCUUGUAUAACCACGGUUUUGUAGCUUAGCGUGUAUGAGCCAGCCAUUUACUAUUCACAUAGUAGAUCUGUCUUGGCACAAUAUGUGAAGCCUCUUCAGUGAGGGCCUUAGUGUUCUAUCUAUUGCAGAAUCCGUUCUCCCACAGAAAUCUCAAAGAUAGGGGGAUCAAAUUCCUGCUGUUGCAAAUCAGCAUAUUUAUCUAUUUAUUUUUAGUUAAUCUAUCCUGUUUGGUUACGGGGGCUACAAUUCCAUUCCACUGCACAGGAAACUAGCUUAUACAAACUCGUAAUGUCUGUCUAUCUAGAUCAGGGGUAGGCAACCCUGGCUCUUUUAUCACUCAUGGACUUCAACUCCCAGAAUUCCUCAGCCAGCGUGGCUCAGCUUGGAAACCCCUCCCUUUCCCCUCAGCAUGGCUGGCUCAGGAAUUCUGGGAGUUGAAGUCCACCAGUCAUAAAAGAGCCAAGGUGGCCUAUCCUUGAUUAACGUUACCAAAAGCUUUCAAAAAACCAUUUUCCACCAUAUUUGGAGAUCCUGUGAAUUGGACCAGAGGCCUUUGACAAUACAAAACAUCUGCUCCUCCCACCCCCAAGCUACAGUCUCAUUGGGGGCUUACAUCAGGACCUUGCCAUUUUAUCUUGUCCCUAUCCAUUCAAAGCAAAGGUCCAAAAAGAAAGAAUGUAUAUCUCUUUACCAAAAAGUAGGGUCUGCUAAUGACCCCAAAGAGGAUUUAAAAAAAGAAGAAGUGUCCUCUGCACAUUUUUGACUUCUCACCAGAAUUUGGGAUUAAACCACACAAAAUGUAUUUGACAAUCCCCUGUGGCCAAGUCAGAAGCUAGCUCCAGAUGCGAGUUUGGAACAGGCUACUAAAAUCUUCAUUCUCCUUUGUUCCAAGAUGGAGAACUGGUUACAUUUCCAACAAGCAAGUCUUGGAAAGCUUUAAAUAAUGGGAAGAGAGUUAUUCAAACUAGGCAGUGUUAAGACAUGCAUCCUUCCACUUCCAGGAUUUUGGAAGUUAAAAGUCCACACAUCUUCAAGAUGCCAAGCUUGGGGGAAAAAAAUCCCAUGCUGAAGCCUCCAGAAAUGGAUCCAACGGAAACAAAAUAUAGUAUUUGAGCCCCAAAAUAUAGUAUUUGAACCCCAGGCUAAAGAGCUGUGGAAUUCUGGAUCGAAAUCAUAAUUUUGGAAGGUACUUUGGUUCUGAGUAGGAUCUGAUAGUCCGGAAUGAGAAGCGUUACUCAAGGGAGAAAAAGAGCCUUUAACUAAAAGAGGCAGCUGUUGGUUAAGUUACACUACAAUAGCAAGAACAGGCUAAUAUAAAUUUAAAUAAUAUGUCCACUUAAAUACAUUGAAGAUUAAUGACACAAAUAAAACUAAUGAAACUAAUAGUACUAUGAAAUAGUACUAUGUAAAGCCUCCCUUUUUUAAAAAAAAAAAUCUAUUUUUAAAACUACUGGUCCUCAGUAGUUUCAAAUCUCAAAGGAAAAGCUCCAUAAUUUCAAACAAAAUUCAAAUAAAAUCCCAAAGAGAGCAGUCAAAUCAAACGGGUUUUCCAUAGCUCAAGUCUGUCAGGGAAGUGGCUCCUAAAAAAAAAAAA